GAAAAUUCUACCAAACAUUCCCCGCAUGACUCCAACUCUCACUUAUCUUGCGAUUUUCAUUUCCAUCCACCGGUUCUCAAAAUUCCUAAUCAGCAUCGCAUGGAAUUAUAAAUACCAAACCAAUAACCAUGGCUUCAUCUUCACCUUCCAAAAACUUUCUUGGAAAACCCAAGAUUCUCCUCCUAUUGAUCUCAAUGUCUGUGUUUCUAUUCCUUUCCGUUCUCACUCUGACCCUUUUCUUCAACCUCUCUGCCUCCCAUCGCCACCACCUCCACCAAAGCGCCUCCCAAAUCCGCCUUGCAUGCCGGUCCACUCGUUUCCAGCAACCUUGUGAGAACGCUCUAACACAAUCCUCUUCUCUCCCUGAGAACCCAACUUCCCUCCAAAUCAUCCAAUCCGCCAUAUCUGUAUCUUCCCAGAACCUCAAAAUGGGGCAAUCGAUGGUCGAAUCCGUCCUCGAGUCCUCCAAGGGCAAUCUCAACCGAACCAACAUCGCCACCAUCUGCCUCGAGCUCCUUUCCAACUCGGAUCACCGCAUCAACUCGACCGUUCACAGCUUGACGCGCCGAGAGAUCAAGGACGCGCGUGCGUGGAUGAGCGCCGCGCUUUGCUACCAGGCCGACUGCUGGGGAGCGCUAACGUACGUCAAUGACACCCAGUCGGUGAACGAUACGCUGGCGUUUCUGUACUCCCUGACGCAGCACACCAGCAACGCGCUGAGCAUGAUGGUCGCUUACGAUAAUUACGGGGACGACGUGAAAUCCUGGGUCCCGCCCAAGACGGAACGGGACGGGUUCUACGAGAAAGUGUCGGACGGGACGGCGCUGGUCUCCGGCGGGGGUGUCCCUGCCGCGUUGAAGCCGGACGUGACGGUGUGUAAAGACGGGAGCGGCGGGUGUUACAAGACGGUCCAGGAGGCGGUGAACGUGGCGCCGGACAAUGUGGAGGCAACGCGGCGGUUCGUGAUACUCAUAAAGGAAGGUGUGUACGAGGAAACGGUGAGGGUUCCGAUGAGGAAGAGAAACGUGGUGUUUUUGGGGGAAGGGAUGGGUAAAACCGUAAUUACGGGUUCCCUAAAUGUGGGGCAGCCUGGAAUGACCGGCUAUGAUUCUGCCACCGUCGGAGUUCUUGGGGAUGGAUUUAUGGCCAGCGGCGUCACAUUCGCAAACACGGCUUGCCCCGAUGCGCACCAAGCGUUAGCCUUCCGGUCGGAUAGCGAUCUUUCCGUCAUCGAGAACUGCGAAUUCAUAGGGAAUCAAGAUACUCUCUACGCUCACUCGCUGCGCCAGUUCUACAAGAAGUGUCGGAUCCAGGGGACCGUCGACUUCAUCUUCGGGAACUCUGCUGCGGUGUUCCAAGAAUGUGACAUUUCGGUCGUUCCCCGGCAGUUAAAUCCCGAAAAAGGAGAGACCAAUGUCGUCACAGCUCAUGGAAGAACCGAUCCUGCUCAAUCGACCGGUCUCGUUUUCCAAAACUGCUCGCUCAACGGCACCGAUGAAUACAUGAAAUACUACUUUACCAACCCUAAAGUGCACAAGAACUUCCUGGGAAGGCCAUGGAAGGAAUAUUCGAGGACGGUUUACGUGAACUGCGUCAUGGGACCUCUUAUUUCGUCGGACGGAUGGAUGCCGUGGAGCGGUAACUUUGCAUUGAACACGCUCUUCUAUGGAGAAUAUCAGAACUCCGGACCGGGUUCAAAUGUAUCGACCAGAGUUCCAUGGAGUAGCCAGAUACCAGCACAACAUGUAUAUACCUACUCCGUGGAGAAUUUUAUUCAAGGCGAUAAGUGGAUCCCAACAUCAUCUUGAUCUUUUCUUUUUCCCAUUAAUAUUAUCAACAAUAUUCGUGAUUGUUGUGUAAGAAUUCUUUAUAGGAGAAGAAGCAGUUUCUUUUAGUC